GCAAAGUGCAAAGUGCUAGUUUAGCCUUCAUUUUUGGAACUCUCGGCCCGAGCCCUCAACAGCGCGAGCUCGUGGAACGAAGACGAUGGCGGAAGGCAAAGCGAAAGAGGCGAUGGAAACCGAACCAGAGUCCACAACCAUCGAUCCGCGCGAUAUCAUUUCCAGUGACGAUGAAAUCGAUUACUCCAUCAAACCAGAGUUUUACGAUCCGAAUCUUGACGAGAAAGAUGAGUUAUGGGUCCAUAAACAAAGGAAAGGUCGUACCUCCGAUGCCGUGCUUAGCUGCCCUGCUUGUUUUACCACCCUUUGCCUUGAUUGCCAAAGAACCAUGACGAUUACGCGUGGUAAUGGUAGCCAGCCUGGUAGUAGUGGACCGCCGCCUGAAGUGGACCCGAACCAACUUCUAGCGAUGAUUCAUGGAUUGAUUGCGAAUCAGCAGUUCCUGGCUGAGCAGCUGCACAGGGAGCCUCAGCAUCAGCCUCCCCCUCGUGUAGAGUUUGGUGUUAGGGAGUUUUGGUACAUGCGACCGCCUUCCUUCUUUGGUGCUGAAGGACCUCUAGCAGCAGAGGAGUUCCUGAAGGUCAUCGAGACUAUCCUCACGGUGACCCGUAUUGCCCCUGCUGAAUGGGUCGACCUUAUGGAUAUUCAGCUUACGGAUACUGCUCGGAUAUGGUGGGCAGCUGAGAAGACCCAUUUAGAAAGGCCAAUCCUGUGGGAGACGUUCACAGAGCGCUUCAACAAUAAGUAUUUUCCUCAGUCGGCUCGGGACGAACUCUUGCGUAGGUUUGUUGAGCUCAAGCAGGGAGGCCGAUCAGUUGAUGAGUAUGAGGCCGAGUUCUCUUCCCUGAGUCGAUAUGCUCCUCACCUGGUUACAGACCCUACUAUUAGGAGGUAUCAGUUUCAGAAGGGCCUGGAUAAGUAUAUCAGGUUUGCUCUAGCUGGUAGAGCACUUGCGACUUACGACGCCGUACUGGAUGCAGCACGAGAGAUCGAGAGUGUUCAGAAGGAACCUGAAGACCCACAUGUGAUUCAGAGCAAAACACCAGCAGCUCCAGUCCGGAAUAUCGAGCGUUCCCCUCCGAGGCAGCAGCAGGCUCCGCAGCGACAUCAGUUUACUCAGCGCCAGCCACUUCCUCCUGUGCAUCCCUAUCAGCACCCUGGAGUGCAGACCCGCGAUCAGUCUUUAGUGAAGUGUUCCUAUUGUGGCCACGCUGGGCAUACCCAGCAGGAGUGCCGCAGACAUCUUCGUCUGUGCUACGCCUGUGGAUCCCCCGACCAUGUCCGUCAGGACUGUCCGCAGCGACAACAGACCCGCUUGACCCCACCUCCAGUUCGGGCAGCCCUUUCAGCUCCACCUCGACCUGCCCCAGCAGCACCAGCUCAGCACGGAUCCUAUCCUCGAUCAGGGUCUUUUCCUCCACAGCAGCAUGUUUAUCAGGAAGCGCGAAGGUAGCAACCACCACGUCAGACAUUCAUGAUGAUGGCCAUGGAAGCUGAGACGAACGACUAGGUUAUUACCGGCAUGAAAAAUAUGUGAAUCAGUACCGGGCAAUGUUUGUCACCAACUGCAGUAUCAGGCGUGAUCAGAUACUCAGGCAGCCCAAGCAGA